AUGGGGUCGGUUACUCGAUCUCCAUCAUCCAUCUCAUCUCCGGCAAUUUUUUGGUCAACGUCGUCGUGCCUGAAAUCCAACUACAUUGAGCUCCCACCGCCGUCCUCCAAGUGUAGCAGUGGACAAUCUGUCAUCAACGGGCUCAAUGUCUUGUGCCAUGUUGGAAUUCUCACUACGUGUUUUGGAAUCAAACAAGCGGGAUGGUUAAGCCUCCUCCUCCUUCCUUUGUUGGGAGGAUGUUCAUGCUACACCGGUUUGCUUCUCAAGAGAUGCAUAGACAACUCGCCAACCAUUGAAACAUACCCCGAUAUCGGACGAGCCGCUUUCGGUAUCCCGGGUCGAGUAUUUGUAUCGGUUGUCCUUUAUCUAGAACUUUAUGCAUGCUGCGUGGAGUACAUCACACUGCUAGGAGACAGCUUGUCUUCAGUGUUUCCUUCUGCGCAUUUAGCUUUUACCGGCAUCUACUUGAACUCUCAUAACCUGUUCGCGAUAUCAAUGGCUUUGGCAAUUCUCCCAUCAGUCUGGCUCAGAAAUCUCAGUCUCCUCUCCUAUCUUUCUGCUGGAGGCGUGGUUGCAACCCUAACAGUCAUUGUGUGCCUGUUUUGGGUUGGUAUUGGCGAUGGAGUUGGGUUCCACCCUUCUGGUAGUGCGCUGAACCUGACCCACCUUCCAGUGGCACUUGGUUUGUAUGGAUACUGCUUCUCAGGGCACUUGGUUUUCGCAAAUAUAUACUCAUCAAUGAAGGAGCGCUUGCAGUUCCCUUUUGUCCUCCUGUUCUGCUUUAUAGUGGUCACAAUUGUGUACUCUGGGGUCGCGGCCACAGGGUUUCUGAUGUUCGGCGAGUCCACGAUGUCACAAUUCACACUAAGCAUGCCACAACAGUAUGUUCCCUCCAAGAUCGCCAUUUGGAUGAUGAUUGUGAAUCCAUACACCAAAUAUGCCUUGACGAUGACACUGGUUGCCUUGUCGAUAGAGGAGGCUUUGCCUAAAAAGAUGCAAAAUUACGUUGCAGGAAUGUGUGUUAGGACAGUUCUUGUCCUCUCAACUAUCGUCGUGGCUCUAUCUUUUCCAUACUUUGCCUUGGUGAUGGCAUUGCUUGGAUCUGUCUUCACAAUGCUUGCGGUGAGUGCCUGCAAUUAUGCAGCUAUUAACUAA